GAGCGUACAGAUAAUCUCAGAGUUACUCUGAGGUAGGUAGCAAGGAACCGCCCGUGGUGCUGUGCGACUAAGUACCACCUGGAUACUGUCACUGUGUAGGAACAGCAUUAACAGGUAUGACGGUGAUGUAUUACCAAUACUUACACUGAAGUCCCCUGCAGUGCCAGUACUUUAAGGAAGCAGUGCCAAUACUUUAGGGAGAAAUACAUAAAACAUUGUGAUAAACCCCACAUUGUUUAUAGGAAGUCAUAUACAGUGCCAUUGUAGACACGAUAGCUGGUGUUAGCACCUGGACAAAACAUCGCGUCUGGAGCCGGACAUCCAUUGGCACAGAGCACCAUAUGGAAAGGUACAUGUACUGACCACUACCAGGCAAGGGAUGGGAAAAUGGUCAGUGGUCAAAAACAUCUUAUAUGUUCCAGAAGAAGUUCAUUGGCGACAUCAGCUCAUCAGAUCAGACUGCCUGUUGACUGUUGAGUCAUACUGUGAGGCUUGCCUUGGGACCUGUCCAGCAUCUGAAGUCGCCGAUUUAUCGCCAUCUUCGCCUGGUCUUGUAUAAAUACGGGCACAAGAAUACAGCACAAUGUCCACGGGAACCAACAAAGAAAAUCUCUUUAACGUGCCUCUUUCUAGCGAUAGUGACACAGGAGAUGUGAAAACUGUUGACCAUCCAUUCAUCAACCCUGGGGAAGUUCGGACAGACACUUACAGCAGCCUUGACCUGGAUGUGAACCCAGACGAGGAGGAAGAGAAGCAGCGCCUCAUCGCCCAGGUGAUGGAGCUACAGAAUACACUGGAUGACCUGUCAUCACGUGUGGACACUGUAAAGGAGGAGAAUCUGAAGCUGAAGUCGGAGAACCAGGUGCUGGGUCAGUACAUAGAAAACCUCAUGGCUGCCAGUAGUGUAUUCCAGUCUACAUCUCCAAAGAGCAAGAAAAAAUCCUCAAAGAAAAAGUUUGAACAGUGAGAGACCACAUGAAUGAAAAUUUCCUGCGGCAAAGUGCAAUAGUGACAGUUGAUGUUGUAUUCAAAUUUUGAUGUAUUGUUGCCAAGAGGGCAGGUAGCCGUGCUAUUUGAUGUAUUACACCAACAGGCUGUCUGUGGGACACCUUCAUUGCUGCUUGUUUUAUAUCACUGCCCUGUGUAAGACACCCGUAUUGCUGCUAAUUUAUGUUACGCCAGUGUGGGAUGCCAUCUUCAGAAUCUUAGGGUUCAACUCGAAUAUCUGCUCUGCACCCUUUGCAUAUGUCGUGACAGAAUCAAAGUCUUUGUAUGUGCCACCUUGUAGAAGGUACAAACCCUAGUUCUUUAUUUCUGUGUAGUGAUUUGAAUCAAGAUAAAGUUGAAUCGCACAUGAACUGGUUAAAUUGAUGGCCUUUCAUCUCUGAUGAGCAUGUACGUAACCUUCAAAGUUCAGGGACACGUGUCUGUCGUUUUUACGUGUGGUACCCAUCAGAUAGCUGACCCUGUCUCUCUAUUUCUGUCGGGAUAUAUUCAGAGGGUGCAGAGAAGAUGUGAUAUCAAAAUCCUGUGGAUUUCAAAAUUAGAGGGAUGCCUUCAUUGCUUUUAAAUUUAUCACGUGACUUUUUAGAAAAGAUAAGAAAAACAUCAAUAAAACUGUUUUAAUCAAAAACUUCAACCAUUCUGUGUUUAUUGUUUACAAAAUCUAUUCAGUAUAAAUUAUUAGUUUACAAAUCUGGACUCAGUAUUGAUUUACUACAUCAAGUCUGUACUCAGAGUUGAUUUACUUCUACAAGUUUUGGUUUACUACUGUAAAAAACUGGGGUGAUUUACUUCUACAAGUUUUGGUUUACUACUGUAAACUGGGGUGAGUUUAUCAUUACAGCAAAUCAUGUUUUACAACAUACCUAACAGAGAAAUUCCUUGUCAUUGCUGAAAUUUACAUUGGGUAAAUAUUGAUAUUAAACCUUUCCUAGUAUAACGUUUUACUUAAAGUGUGUACUCUGUUUACGAGUUUGAUUUACUAUAUCACUUUGGUACUCUUGAUCAGGGCAUUCCCUAUUACUGAGAUCCUGUGUAUAAACAGGAGAUAGCAUUACUGAAUCUCACUAUUGUGGACCACUUCAGCAGAGGUGUUGCAUGCAUAUAAAUAUUGAAUAUGCAUGUUUCAAUAAUAUUAUUGUUCAUUAUAUCAAUAUCUUUUUAUUCAUAUUGAUCUUAUAUGCAAAUCUUUAUACAUGACCACAUUACUUGUAUAUUUGUUUUUGCAUGACAUUUAUGUUGUUUGCAAUUUGUGUGUUAAUUUUGAACUUAAGAUUCACUUUCUCAAGUGGGUUUUUUGGACUUGUCGUGAAAUGUUACCUCCGAAUUAAGAGACAUCUAAUGUGUUGAAUGUCUAACGAUAAUCAAACAAGGAAUAUUUGACAACAGAAUGAAUACAUAACUGUAGAAAAAGAGCGACAUGUUAUAUAUCCAUAAUCUGGUUGUUGUCUUAUGUUUGCUUUGUUCACCUUUUACUGCAACAAAGCAAACAUAAAUAUGGACAUUUUCAAUUUUAACCUUACUAACAUUGGAUAAUCGUUAAUUAAAAAUUAAGUGGUUAUCCAUGAAAAGGUCUGAGAAGUAUUGUAAUGAUCAUAUGAUUUCCCUUUUGCUUCAAAGAUGUUUAAUUAUCAAUGUAUCUGAAGCUUGUUUGUCUUGUUCCAUGUUGAAAAAUUUCACAAUAAACCUUGCGUCUUUAAAA